GAAAGAAUUAGAAGACCGAAAUUGAAGGAGAAAUGACUCGCUGAUAAACACAUGAUUAUACACAUUUGCAGCAGCAGCUUCUCCUGGGACAAGGAAAGAAAAAAUAUUUCAGAGCUUAACAUAUAUAGAAUGCAUUGACAGAGAAAUGGCACCUAAGAGACAAUCGAAAGAUUCAAAGAAACAUAAGGAUCCUGGUCCCUCAAGAAGAGGAGCCGCCGCUUCCAAAAAACCCAAUCAGAAUACGAAUUCUCAGCCUGCCAAAUUCGGUAUACAACAUUUUUGGGGCCGCUUAACGCAAAAUGGUUCUCAAAACACUGAUUCUCAAACCACAGAACAAUCUUCUAGGAUCUCAGAAAUCGCUAUUCCUGACAAGCCUUCGGAAGCUCCAUAUGACCAGGUCCCAGACGAGCCUAAGCUCACGGAAGAGGUCCCAUGUGAUCAGCUGCUUAAGGAUCCUCAGCGGACCCCGGUGCUUGACAAGUACUCAGUAGAUGCAAACAAUGGGCGAUCUUGCGAGACUGAGAUAAUUGAUGAGCAAGAGUGUACUCCAGAAGCUCAUAUUCGUGUGGGUUUCGGAUCGAGAUUGGGUACGGUAUCUGGCAGCGGCUCUGCAGAGCAACGCAAAUGCGUCAAGCGCUCACCUGCGUUGACCCAAGAUGAUGGAGUGGAUGACGUCAAAUACAAAAAGACUCCAGUCAUGGUUCGCCUCGAAUCUAUUACAAAAAGAAGAUGCACAAGAAAUCCGAUUCAGCUAAAUGCUCAUCAGCUCAAUUGCACUCCAAUCCGUGCAUGCAUGGAGAAAAAGGAUAUGAGCACAAUUUUGAAUGAUGCUUCAAAACUUAAUUGCACUCCUGUUUCAGAGGAUAAGAGCUCUUCAAGUCUUGCUGGAAAAGUUCAGCAGUGGCUUUCCAGCCCUGGAGUGAGAGCAUUUGAGACAUCCAAAUUACUGUCAAAAGAGUGCUCCUCAGAUUUAAGUAAUAAAAAUAAAGAGAACAUUUUGACACAUAUCAAUGUAGAUUUGCAGGCUUCUCAGACUCCAAUUAAAAAAAAUAAAUACAAACAGAAAGUUGCAAGGCACAACAGAAAGGCACUGAUUGAACUAAUUGAUGAAGUUGAAAAUGUUCUGAGUGAUUCUUCAUUAGUGACUAAGGAUGAAAAUAUUGCUGAGAAACAGCCUAUGGAAGAAGGUGCAUCUGGUAGUUCAACUGUUAUAGGUGUUUCAGGAUUUUCAAGAGAGGAAAUUAACCUAGACUUUGGAUGCCAGAAUAUCUCUGUGGAGCCUUCCAUAUCUUCAACAUUUAUUGAGAAACCUUUCAGCACUAGUGAGAAUGGGGUUUCUUUCCUUGAAGAACAUGAUAGUUCCAUAUUUCAAAAUAGUCUUGUCAACUCUUCAGUAUCCCAGGAGAGAUUUGAUGCCAUGGACCAAGAUAUUUGUUUACUAAAACCAUCAAGCAAUACGAAUGGUGUUCAUCAAAAUAUGCAUUUUCUUGUACUGGAAGUUGCAGAUAUGGAAUCAAAUGCAAAUGAAUCUGUUACAAGGUCUUCAGUUAAGGUUUUACGCUUAUUAAAUGAACAAAGUGGGCUUGAGCGAAUUUUACAUCUGUGUGAUGAAUGGUCAUACAGUGUGAUUAGACCAGGUGAUACAGUGAAUGUGAUUGGCGAGUUUGAUUCUCAAGGAAAAUGUGUCAUCGAUCAUGAAAAUAAUAUUCUCAUUGUCCAUCCAGAUUUAUUGAUAUCAGGAUCUAGGGUAGGAACUAGUUUCAGUUGUCCAAGGCGAGCAGUUUUAGAUGAAAGGAUCAAGUCCUUUGAUCUUUCAGCUGCCGCACUGAUGGGAACCAUGCUGCACCAGAUUUUUCAGGUGGGAUUAGUUCAUGAAACUCCAAGCAAAAAAUUAUUAGAACAGCAAGCAAGAACUAUACUACAAACAUAUAUUGAUAGCAUAUAUGCUACGGGAGGCAAUGAGGUGGAAAUAUACACAAAGUUAAUUGGUGCUAUUCCCACAAUCUUAAAUUGGAUUGACACAUUCAAGUGUAAAUCAAUAUCAACAAUGCCCACAAUUGAUUUUGGUCGCAAGGGUGGGGAAAAACAAUUGUCAGUUUCUGAGGUUGUUGAUAUUGAGGAGAUGGUUUGGUCCCCUAAGUAUGGAUUGAAAGGCAUGAUUGAUGCUUCAUUACGAGUAAAGUUUGAUUCCCAUGGUUCUUUACCAGAGCAAGUUAUAAUGCCAUUGGAGUUCAAGACAGGCAGGGGAACAACUGGACAAGCUGCUAUGGAACAUCGUGCACAAGUGAUCUUGUACACUCUUCUCAUGUCUGACAGGUAUAUGCAAGAUAUUGGUUCUGGCCUCCUUUACUAUCUGCAUACAAAUCAAACACAGGGAGUGGCCGUUCAGCAUGCAGAUCUCAUUGGUCUUAUGAUGCGGAGGAAUGACCAUGCAUCCAAUCUAUUAGCAGCAUCAUCAACACAGUUGUUGCCUCCAAUGCUAAAGAGCUAUAGCAUGUGUCAAGGUUGUCGGCAUCUUGAUGCAUGUACUGUUUAUCAUAAGGUUCAAGAGGGAGGCACUGUGGAAAGCAGUGGGCUAGGUGAUAUGUUCGAUUCUCAUGUUAGGCAUCUUAGUAAUGCUGAUUGUGAUUUCCUUCGUCACUGGAACCAACUGAUUGACUUGGAAGCUCAGGAUUCACAGGUGGCUUGCAGUGAAAUAUGGAGAAAGCCUAGUUCACAGCGUGAGGAAGAAGGUGGUUGUCUUUCUUCCAUGGUUCUUGAUAGUUCAUCUAACCGCAUAGGAGAGACACAUGGAAAAAGUGGCCAAUACAUUUACUGCUUCUGUCGGAAGGAUUCAUAUGUUUGUAAGAAAACUUAUUCAGUAAUGCAGAAGAAUGAUGAUGCUAUGCCCUGUGCUCGUCCUGCGAGUUUUCUUGAGCGAGCAUUUAAAUGUGCUGAUCAUGUGAUACUAAGCACCGAAAGUGGGCAUGUAGCAGUUGCAAGUGGAUUCAUUAUAGAAAUUACACACUCCUCCAUUACUAUUUCUCUAUCACAUCAGCUAAGGUUGGCAGGCUAUAGAGAGGAUGAAUUGAGUAAACUGUUAUGGCGGAUUGACAAAGAUGAAGCAGCAUCUUCAUAUGCAAUAAUGAGGUUCAAUUUGCUGCAGCUGUUUGUAAAAAGCAAUUGUGAUGAUCAUCGUAGGAAACUCAUAGUUGACUUGCAGCCACCUAGGUUUGAUAGUGGAACGAUCCUCAGUCAGGACCCAGCAGUUCUGUAUGCCAGAUCUGCAAAGGAUCUGAAUGGUGAUCAAUGUCGAGCAAUACAUAAGAUGCUUUCAGCAAAGGACUAUGCACUUAUUUUGGGAAUGCCAGGGACGGGGAAGACUUCUACUAUGGUGCAUGCUGUGAAAGCACUUCUUGCACGUGGCUCUUCAAUUUUGCUCACAUCCUACACAAAUUCAGCGGUUGAUAAUUUACUACUAAAAUUGAAAGAUCAGGGAAUAGAAUUUUUACGGCUUGGUAGAAAUACAGCAAUACAUAAAGAUAUACAUGAGUACACAAUUUCAGGAAUGGGGAUAAAUUCUGUCAAGGAGCUAGAAGCACGAAUCAACCAAGCUUGUGUUGUUGGAGUGACAUGCCUUGGAAUAGGGCAUCCUUUACUUGCAAAGAAAAGGUUUGAUGUUUGCAUUGUGGAUGAGGCUGGUCAGAUCACUUUACCCGUAUGCUUGGGGCCUAUAAUGUAUGCACGUACCUUUGUCCUUGUAGGUGAUCAUUACCAGCUUCCUCCAUUGGUUCGGAGUGCGGAAGCAAGAGAGAAUGGUAUGGGCAUCAGUUUAUUUCGCAGGCUUUCUGAAGCUCACCCCCAAGCUGUGUCUGCUUUGCAAUGCCAGUAUCGAAUGUGUGCUGGUGUGAUGAAGCUGUCCAAUGUGUUAAUCUAUGGUAACAGAUUACGUUGUGGGUCGUCUGCAGUGGCAGACGCUCGACUUGAGAUUAAAGGGGUAUCUAAACAAAGUCUGUGGCUACGAGAGGUUUUGGAUCCAAACAGAUCAGUAUUUUUUCUCAAUACAGAUUUAUUGUCAGCUCCAGAAACAAAAGUGCACAAUGCUAUAAAUAAUCCUACAGAGGCAUCUUUUCUUUUGAAGAUUGUUGAAGCACUUGUGAAUGGAGGUGUAUGUGUGAAUGAUGUUGGUGUAAUCAGUCCCUACAAUUCACAAGUGAACCUCAUUCGAAGAUUUGCAGUUGAAGCGCAAUUACCCUCAUUAGAAGUGCACACUAUUGAUAAAUAUCAGGGAAGGGACAAGGACUGCAUAUUGGUUUCAUUUGUAAGAUCAAACAACCAUACCAAAAGCUCUGGCUUGUCAUUGUUGGCUGAUUGGCAUCGAAUCAACGUGGCAAUAACUCGUGCAAAGAAAAAGUUGAUAAUGAUUGGAUCGCAGAAAACCCUAUCAGGAACACCAUUAUUGAGACUUCUAAUUGAGCAAGUGGAGCAAGAUAAUGGUCUUUUGCAUCUACCGCAGGAAACACUUUUAUCUCCAUGGUUAAAAAGAUGUGGAACAAAGUCUUAGGAUUGCUCUUCAAGAACCACCUUGUAAUCUAAUCAUAUACACCAUUUGUGGAUUCAAAUGGAUUUCAUGAAGGGUUUCUUGUAUCUAUUCUUGGUCCAAGUGUUAAUUCCUUUUCAGAAUUUUAAAUAUAAUUUUUAAUUGUAUCAUUUUGACUGGAAGAUUUCCAUUGUAUCAUUUUGACUGGAAAAUUCCAAUUAUAUCAUUUUGAGUGGAAGAUUCCCCUUGCGGUAUAACCUAUGGUUUAUACCACAACAGAGUUAUCUCUUUCACAUGAAUUGGACCUGGCCUCAUCUGUUGAAGAACAGUGUACAAUUUGAUGUAAUAUUUUAUCUAUUGAGGUUGACGCACCCAGGCUGAAUGUGUUGCAUUACUUAA